AUGAAGGAGCUGAUGAGUGAUCUUGCGCAAAACUUAGGAAUGGCUGCAGGCGUUGGUGAGGGAUUGAAGUGGAAGUACGAUGUAUUCUUGAGCUUUAGAGGUGAGGAUACUCGUAAUAAUUUUACUGCCCAUCUAUAUGUUGCUUUAGUUCAAAAAGGUAUAAACACAUACAAAGAUGACGACAAGCUCAAAGAGGAGUUGGCAAUGACCAUUGGCUGUAGAAAAACCAAGCAACAAGAGGUUCUACCAGUGUUUUACGAUGUAAAUCCAACAGAGGUACGAUAUCAGAGAGAGAGUUUUAGAAAAUCAUUGGCUAGACUUAAAGCUAGGCUUAAGGAUGAGACGAAGGUGCAGAGGUGGAAAGCAACCCUUACAGAAGUGGUCGGCUUGUCUGAGUUCACUUUAGGAGACAGGAACAAAUUUGAAUUUAUCCAAAAAGUUGUUCUAGAGGUUUCAAGAUCAGUAAAUUGUAAAUAUUUGAUGACAAACGUUUCCAAGCAUCUAGUUGGGAUGCAGUCUAGAGUACAGGACAUCCAUAAUAAGCUUCUAAGUAUGGAAGUGAAUGACACUACAUGCAUACUAGGGAUCUUUGGAAUUGGUGGAGCUGGGAAGCAUGAAGAAUAUGUUACUAACAUACAUAAUGGUUGUGGUUUCUUUCCCCAUGCUGGUAUACAAAUACUAAAGGAGAAGUCUCUCAUAACCAUUGAUGAGUAUGGCAGUGUAAACAUGCAUGAUUUACUCAAAGUUAUGGGCAAAGAAAUUGUUCAUAAAGAGACAGAAGAGUCCACCAAAGACCCCGGAAAAUGCAGUAGGUUGUGGUUUCAUGAAGAUGUUCAUUUUGUACUUGAGAAUAAUAUGGGAACAAACAAAAUUGAAGGCAUACUGAUAGACUUGCCUAAAAAGAAGGAUUUGAUACACUUGAGUCCUGAAGCUUGCUGGAAGAUGGAGAAGCUCAGAGUACUCAUAAAUCGUAAUGCAUUCUUUUCAGAACCGCCUAGUUAUUUCUCCAACGAGUUGAGGGUGCUUGAUUUUAAAAACCAUCAUGGUACAUCAUUUUCAUCGAACUUUAAUGGAGAGAAACUCGUUGCUUUAAGAAUGGCAAGUUGCUUGAUCUCCAAAGAAUUGGGAAAUAAAUUCAAGAACUUUCAGAAAUUGAAAUUUAUGGAUUUCGCAGUGUGUAAAUUCCUAACAAGAAUUCCCGGUAUGUUGGCGCUUUCAAAUUUAGAGCAAUUUAGAAUUUAUUUUUCCAAGAGAUUAGUUGAGGUACAUCAAUCUAUUGGAUCCCUUAGUAAACUCGUCAAGUUGUCAAUUAGCUUUUGUAAUAAACUUAAAAGUUUACCAAGUUUCCUCAACUUGAGAUCUCUAAAAGAGCUUACUCUUAUGGCAUGCGGAAGCGUGGUGUCCUUUCCUGUAAUUGGGCUGGAAAUGAAACAUUUGACAUCGAUUAAAUGCAGCUACACUGGUAUAAAAGAACUGACUUCUUCUAUUGGGAAUCUCACUGAACUUCAAGAAUUAGAUCUAGCAGCCAACAAAAACCUUGCGCAUAUCCCUUCUAGCAUUCUUCAGUUGGAACAUCUAAGUCCCAUCUCGAUGGCGAUAGAGAAAUUAUUACGCAUCCAGAGAUAUUGGAGGGGGAGGAAAGAUGAUAUUCGGCCUCACCACCUCCAAUGGAUUCAAGCAUUUCAAAUGAUGGAUACUCUUCCUCAGUAG